AUGGAUGUGACAGGGAAUCCUGAAUCCAACACGAAAAGUCCCUUCUACCCUGGAAGUUACCCAAACAACGCAGACUGCCUGUGGGAAAUACAAGUAGAGAACAAUUUCCGUGUUGUGCUCACAUUUAGAGAUAUUGCGAUGCAAAGCGGCAGAUGCCAGUAUGACUACAUUGAAGUCUAUGAUGGGCCUCCACACUCUUCCCCACUCCUCGGGAGACUUUGUUCCGGGUCCUUUCCCACGUACACAUCUUCUUCAAACAUGAUGACUGUUCGCUUUCACAGUGAUUCUCAGUACACCUUCAGAGGGUUUCAGGCUCACUACUCUUCCAUUCCAGCAGAUCACAACACAACCCUUCUGUGCUUGCCAGACUACAUGCAUGCUGUGGUCAGCAGGGACUAUCUCCAGUCUCAAGGCUACUCAGCCCAGAUGGUCACCCUGGAUGACAGUCGCUGCACACCAACAGUCACCUCACGGGAGGUUAUAUUCAACAUUCCCUACGAUGGCUGUGGGACAGUAAGAGAGGAGAACAAUGAUACAAUCAACUAUUCCAAUGUGAUCAAAGUGACAUCUUCUGAGUACCUAAUCAAGAGAAAAAAGAAUAUUCACCUGCACAUCAGUUGCAAAAUGCUACAGAACACAUGGAUGCAAAUAAUGUACGCUGCUGAGGAUACUGUGGACGUGAAUGAAAAUCAGUAUGGAAGAUAUGAGGUCAACAUAAGUUUUUUUGAUUCCUCAUCGUUCUUGAGGCCAGUGCGUGACUCUCCAUACUACAUUGACUUGAACCAAAAUUUGUAUCUUCAAGCUUAUCUUCACAGCUCUGACCCAAAUCUGAUCCUGUUUGUGGACACGUGUGUGGCAUCACCUGAUCCUCAUGAUUUUGUCACUCUGGUCUAUGAUAUAAGAAGGAAUGGGUGUGUUAGAGACCCUUCCUAUGUCACAUACGAGUCCCCCCAGAGCCACGUGGCUCGGUUCAAGUUCAAUGCCUUUGAGUUCAUCAGCCGGCACCCGUCGGUGUUCCUGCAGUGCCAGCUGGUGGUGUGCAGGCUCCAGGACUACUCCUCCCGCUGCUACCAGGGCUGCCUCAGCAGGCCCAAGAGAGACACAAGGCCUGCCGAGGAGAAAGUGCAUGUGGUAGUUGGGCCAGUUCAGCUCCGAGAAGGGGGUGGUGAAAAGAGGGAUACUGGUAAAGUCGAAUGA